AUGGCCGCGCGGAACGCCUCAGUUAUCCAAUUCUCGAGCCCCUCAAUUGAUUACGAGUUCUGGAAUGACUUCAGCGAAGAAGAAUGCACGUGGCUGUACGCGCCGCUGACCUCCUUGGGCCUAGAUCACGAGUUCUGGAACGAUUUCAGCGAGGAAGACUGCACAUGGCUGUCUGGCCCGCUGGACUUCCCGGCGCCUGCAGACACAUCCAUCGACCAUGCGUUCUGGGAGGACUACAGCGAGGAGGAGCAGACGUGGCUGUACGUCCCGGGCCCGCGCAGCAACACGUCCGUGAGUCAGCCGCGCAGCAACACGCCCACGCCCACGCACGUCAUGGGUGCACGCGCUGCUGUCACCACCAUUACGAAGAGUGCUGCUGUCAGCAGCGCUGCAGUUAAGACUGCUUCCGUGAAGAGCGUUGCUGUGAAAAGCGUUCCUGUGAAGGCCGCAGUUUCAGCAGCCAAGGGAACGCGUGCAUCUGCAGCUGCACCAGCCAAGGCUGCUGCCAAGAGUGUUGCUGUUAAGAGCAGCCCAGUGGGGUCGGUGGCAAAAGCGGCAGGAGAGAAAGUGAGGGAGCAGGGCAAUGGGAGGGCAGCACACACGGCGGUGCGUGCAGCAGCAGCAGGGAAGGCGGCAUUGGGAAGAGUGGAGGCAGCAGGAGGGCGUGCAGCAGGUUUGGGCUCAGGUUCAGGGCGUGCUGGCAGUGGUGCGAGUGACAUCCAUCAGCCUGGGCAGAGCAGGGCAGCGCACACGGCUGCAGCGGCUAAGGCACCCAUGCAGGCUGCGCCACACAGCCCUCGCAACCCGGCUUCUGCAGCCGCAGCACUGCCGGCCACUCGCAUUCCCAAGCCACGCCUUGCAGCAUCCCAGGGAAGCAGUGCACGGUAG